CGGGGGCGCAGCCUGUGGUCCUGCGGAGCGCCCCAGGGUUCGCGCACCCGGUGGAGCCCGAGGCUGGUCCUCUCCUGUCCUCUCCGGCUAAUGGGAAGUCUCUGCGGCUGGAGGGCUUUACAGUGAGGGACAGAGGCCAGUGGGGAGCUCUUGUCCGGUUGGGGCUGACUCAUCUGGAGUUCCCACUCCGCUGAGAUUGCAAUUGGAAACUUUGCGCUCUGUGUUGGUUUUUGUCUCCCUUGGGGAAGCUGGACGGCUGUUCGGCAGGCCCCGUGCGUGGCCAGGACCGCACACUGGGGGCCAUGGAGUUCACGGCGUCGCCCAAGCCACAGCUCUCCUCCCGGGCCAACGCCUUCUCCAUCGCCGCGCUCAUGUCGAGCGGCGGCUCUAAGGAGAAGGAAGCCGCCGAGAACACCAUCAAACCACUUGAACAAUUUGUUGAGAAGUCCUCCUGUGCCCAGCCCCUGGGUGAACUGACCAGCCUGGAUGCUCACGGGGAGUUUGCCGGUGGCGGCAGCAGUGGCAGCCCCUCCUCCUCCUCUCUGUGUACUGAGCCGCUGAUCCCCACCACCCCCAUCAUCCCCAGUGAGGAAAUGGCCAAAAUUGCCUGCAGCCUGGAGACGAAGGAGCUCUGGGACAAAUUCCACGAGCUAGGAACAGAGAUGAUCAUCACCAAGUCGGGCAGGAGGAUGUUUCCCACCAUUCGAGUAUCCUUUUCUGGCGUGGAUCCUGAGGCCAAGUACAUAGUCCUGAUGGACAUCGUCCCCGUGGACAACAAGAGGUACCGCUACGCCUACCACCGGUCUUCCUGGCUGGUGGCUGGCAAGGCAGACCCACCACUGCCAGCCAGGCUGUAUGUACACCCAGAUUCUCCUUUUACUGGUGAGCAGCUACUCAAGCAGAUGGUGUCUUUUGAAAAGGUGAAACUCACCAACAAUGAACUAGAUCAGCAUGGCCAUAUAAUUUUGAACUCCAUGCACAAGUACCAGCCGCGGGUGCACAUCAUUAAGAAGAAAGACCACACAGCCUCGUUGCUCAAUCUGAAGUCUGAAGAAUUCAGAACGUUCAUCUUUCCAGAGACCGUUUUCACAGCAGUCACUGCCUACCAGAACCAACUGAUAACCAAGCUGAAAAUAGAUAGCAACCCUUUUGCCAAAGGAUUCCGGGACUCCUCCAGGCUCACUGACAUUGAGAGGGAAAGUGUGGAGAGCCUGAUCCAAAAGCAUUCCUAUGCCCGCUCACCCAUCCGUACGUAUGGAGGAGAAGAUGAUGUGCUGGGGGAUGAGGUUCAGACAACACAGAAUCGAGGGUCGGCCUUUACGACAUCUGAUAAUUUGUCCCUCAGCUCCUGGGUCUCUUCUUCUUCCACUUUUCCUGGAUUUCAGCAUCCCCAGUCCCUCGCUGCUCUCGGCACCAGCACAGCAUCCAUAGCGACACCCAUUCCUCACCCUAUACAGGGCUCUUUGCCACCGUACAGCCGACUUGGGGUGCCUCUGACCCCGUCGGCCAUUGCCGGCUCCAUGCAGGGGAGCGGCCCGACAUUCCCCUCCUUCCACAUGCCUCGGUAUCAUCACUACUUUCAGCAGGGGCCUUAUGCUGCUAUCCAAGGACUGCGCCAUUCCUCCGCGGUGAUGACACCAUUUGUAUGACUCUUCUAAACCUAGGAGAAUCCAGAUCCAGAAUGUGCAAAUGGGUAUGAAAUGUGGGAGAGGGUGGGGUGGGUGGGAUGUGGGGUGUGGAGCAGGGGCUCUCCAGGAGACAUGGGACCUAUUAAAGAGGAGAGCUGGACUCACAAUAAAGCCUACUGCUGAGGGAAUGCACCACAGACCAGGACUCAUGUGUAGCUCGGAGAAAGCUCUUGGGUUCAAGAGAGAAUCAGUGUCACGUUCUUAGCCAGCCUAAGUCCUACAACCAAUAGGAUACUAACUUACCCAGAAAAUUGAAUAACACAAGGCAGAGGAAUCUGAAGGUGCAUUAUACCUAGCAGUUAAAAAUGCUGUGUCAGCGCAGUAAUGUAUAAAAUCAAUGUGUAGAGGUUAUCUUUCUGCUUUCCACAGGUUUAAAGAAUCUUCAAAGAGGCAAUAUGUGUAACAUACCGACCAUAAUGCAUAAUGACUAACUUAAGUCCAUUUCUCUCUGAGGAAAAUGAGAGCCAACAGAGAAAUAUUUGUAGUGCUGAAGCUUAAGCAUGUUUAGUUUUCCUUUGUAUUAGUCUGCUGGGUAAAGGGCUGAGAUAAUGCUAACGCAUCCUAUUUUGUGGAUGAAUAGAUGGUAAUGACCUUACAAAGCUCUUUUUGUAACACUGAAGGGCCAGUAUCUGACAAACUCUUUCUCAGUCUUGUCUUUUUCUUCCUAAUUCUCUUUCUUGCAAUGACUUGCCAUUUACAUAGAAAAAAACCUAUAUACAAUUUUGAAGCAAGAGGCUCUAUGUGUUACAUUACACAAUUGAGGUUAUAUUUUUCUGGGCUGCAUUCUAAGUGCACUGCUGACUCAUUCACUGGGGAACACUUCUAAAGCCUCUACAUGAUGACACGGGAGGCUUUCUCUCAAUCUGCAGUACCAAGAUGGUUGCCCUGUCCUGAAAGGAAUUUCUCUGCCAUGGGUACCAAAGGCCCCUUUAGUUUUACUUCAGCUUUGGGAGACCUUAUGGAUGGUAAAACACACCGGGCCAAAUUCUCAUUUUUGGUAAAUCUGCUUUGUUAUUAGAUUAGCUGUUACCACCGAUUGACAAAGAUUUAUGAAUGACCAUUCUGAAUGCCUGUAUAGCCACCACUUAACCUAUGUUCAUGAAGCAUUAUGAGUCAGUCAUACAAAUGAUUUGUCCUUCUUUCUUACUGUUCUGUUCAGUGACUCUGUUAUCAGUUUCCUAGUCCAUUAUAUGAAAUUGUAUGUCAACUCAAUGACUCUCUGACUGAAACACUGGCAGUGUUUAUAAGUCAAUCCAAAGUAUUUAUUCACUUUGAGUUCUUAUUGUUUUCUUAAACCUUCCUUUAAUGUUUAAUAAUUAACUAUAUUUUAAUUAUAUAUAAUCUCUAUAUUUAGGGGGCAACAUGUAUCUAAGCAUUUGAAGUCAGGGUAGUAUUUGGCAUUUUGCAACUUUAAUAAAGUUUAUAGUCCUUCAACUUUAUAAUGCUUUCUAGCUGUAAGAUAUAACCUGUCUUCUUUAGAAAACUCUCCACAACUCUAUUUUAUCCUAAUUAAAUUUUGUAUCUACUUUGUUCUGACUGCAAAAGUAUUAAAUCUGUUAAAAGAGAUGGGAAAUAUCACUGCUGAGAGUAGAGAGGGGGGUAAAUGCAAUAUACUUAUCAGAGUGCAUGGGGUUUUAUUUAGUUAUUUUGUUAGGCUUUUCCAUAUCAAAUGCCUUUCUUGGGCAUUUCUAGUCUAUGAAACAAGGCAUAAUGGCAUAGCCUGUCUAUGUGAUGCCAUUGUUGUUGGACUUUGCAAUUGUUUUUCUCCACUGUGUCCCGUAGUUUACUUAUGGAGAAGCAUGGACUGUGCUCCCCAAGCAUCUCAAAGUCCUAUGGCAGACACUGUAGGCUAAUUUCUAACUUCUUGCAUGUUAUGCUAUAGUAUCCACAGGUAGUUUGUUUUCAAACACAGCACAGAUGUGCGUUUAUUUAAAAAAAAAAAAAA